CUGGAUUGCAAACACUUUGCAAAUAACACUCACUGGCCCAGUCUGGCUGAUGGUUUACAAAGUCUCGUCUCGGACACACUUCCGCCCACCCCUUGUCCCAAAAUGGAGGCCUGGUCUAUUAUUGUCUAGCCCCAAGGGUCACCCCCUGAGACAACGUCGAAUCCAAUCGACUUGGAGAGAUCCGAUGCUAGUGCAGUAAUCUAGGCGCGCUGAGAAGAACAGCCGUGUCCCCGUCACCUUUGAAGGUGCAAAUUAGGGGGGCUCAUCAGUGGUGGUGGAAAGCAGAAAACACCACACAUGUAAGAAAGGACGGCAGAUGGUGGUCAUGUCGCCUGGCAACACGAGCUGUUGGAGGCGAAGCUCCCCCGUGAUGGAUGGAUGGAUGGAUGAGCAAGUGGAGGAUCAUCCAUCGAAUAUGUGUGGGUCGCUUGUGUUUUUAUCUCCCAACGUCUUUUUCCAUCCAUCAUAAGUUUUGUUAGUUACGGUCGCUGGCGAGUCCACUCACAACAUGACCGUCCUCAAUCAUCUGAGCCGAAAAAGAAUUGUUAAACGAAGGGAGAGAUGUAAGAUCUGCGCUGAGCCGGAAUUACAGGAACAUCCCCCAGCUCAACUGGCAAAUGGUCGUUUCUUCCCCUAGUCAACGCAGGACAGGGACGGCAAAUUAGUGGCAGCCUCUUGGAUCAUGGCUUGCAAAUUUAAAAUUGAUGUCGGCGGGCUUCCCCAGACCAGAAAGUAAACGAACAUCGAUCGACAUCACAUCACAUCAGUCGUCUACGGAGCAGGUACCGCAUGCCUACCUCCUCAGGCUCCUCUUCUUCGCUCGCUACAGUCCGACCCGACUGCAACUCACUCUAAUUUUGUGCUUGUGCUUGUGCUUGUCCUUUCUUUGUUGUUGUCCAACUGCAUGUACUGUGCCCAAGCCUGUGUCACAACGUGGACGUGGACUUGUGUGAGGGGGUUUGCGUGGCAUAUCCAAAAAUCCCCCUCAUCCUUUUUCUGUUGUGUUAUUAUGAUACCAACGGAACCCCGAAUGUGCAUCAUGCGUACUCUGUGUCUACGGCCGACAGCAAUAGCAUCCCCGAGAAGGUGAUGGAUACUUCGUUUCUCUCCUCCCCCGUCUCUUGCACUUCCUGAUCAGACAAAAUGGAUCCUCAAUGGCUCCAAUCCUAAUCCUAGCGCCAUGAUGGGUCCUCUCUUCCCUCACCCCAUGUCCAUGUCCGUCCAUGCUCCUCCAUGUCCCACCUCGAGCCAUUGACAAGCAAAAUGUGAAGGUCCUGAUGGGUCCCCUAUCUCCCGAUGAGCCGGGGGCUAGCUUGGCGCGGUUUGCCUGCACCUCAGGUCAGUCUUGUUGACUUGUGCCUGUGCCUGCACCUGUGAGCCUGUGACUUUCACGGCUUCCCCUAGCCUGGCCUGGGGGUCUGAGACUUUGCUUUGCCUUGUCUAGGCUUGCUUGGGCUUAAGCGGUGGUGGUAUGGUCAUUGGCUUGAUGGUGUGGAUGCCCCUUUGCAAACCGUCCACGUCCAAGUCCAGUUGAGGACUCGACUCAUAAAAGGACCUGGCUACCCCGUCGCGUGCUCUUGUUUCCCUUCCUCUUCACCCUCGUUGUCAUCCGUCCGUCGUUCGUUAAGACAAGAAUUCUACUUCAGACUUUCGCUUUGAGAUCUAUCUCGAUUACUUUACACUACUAAUUCUAAUAUCAACAAACUCGAAAUCCAUCAACAUGCGUUUCACCUCCAUCUUCGUUGCCGGCGCUUUCGCCACCAUGGCCGCUGCCCAGAGCAAGACUGCUUCUGUCUCUCCCGCUCAACAGUCUCAGCUUGACUGCCUUGACGCCUGUGAUGCUGGUGAUGUCAAGUGCCAGUCUUACUGCAUCACUGUCCCCUCUCCCGAUGAGAAGAACAUCAACGCCACCACCGAGUGUGUUGCCGCCUGCCCCAAGGGCAAGGGUUCUGCCUCCGAUACUGAGAAGUACUCUGUCUGCCUCCAGGACUGUAUCGCCAACAACUACUGGAAGACCAUCGACGGUACUCCCCAGGAGACCGGCGCUGCUGGUUCCAAGGACAAGGCCUCUUCCGCUGCCGAGUCUGCUGCUUCCAAGGCCACCGGGACUGCCUCCGAUGAGGGCACCGCCACCGCUUCUGCCUCUGAGUCUGAUGCCACCGCUACCGACGCCUCUGAGACCGCCUCUGGAUCUGCCUCCGGCACUGCUUCCGGGUCCGCUGCUCAGUCUUCCGAGACUGGCAAUGCUGCUACCGCCCUCGUUGGUGGUGUCUCUCUCCUCGGUCUCGUCGCCGCUGUCUUCGCUCUGUAAAUUGGAUCGCCUCUUUUGGACAUCUGGUUGAUAGAAUGGAAGGAUUUUGAUGGGUUUGCUCUAGAGCGGUAAUGAUUGGAGUUUGAUUUCAAAUGUGAUACAUGUUGGGCAUCAUGACGAAGGCCUCUUUAGGCCGGAUCGACUUUUCAUGGACAAAUUAUUGGGACACCUUGCGCGUUCACAUACGGCUCGACACGAGCAUCAAUACAAUACCUCUUUGUUUGCGCUCUGCGUAACCUUAUCUUGAUGUGCAUUUGCCAAUUAACCUGAAGUCAGAACAGAACAAAAUACAACACAACACACAACACGACCACAGAGGUUGUGUUGGUUGUGGGGUGUCGUUCUGUGAUUGGUUCCAGUUUCCCAAUCGGGUGCUUGAGGGUUUAGCUUGUAAACAAGCGAAAUGAUUGUCUUACGAUGAAGUCAAAGCCCGAGUCCAAUUCAAUCGUUUUAUCAUAAUUUUUUCAAUCCCGAGAUAGUUAUAUUUCGAAGGGAUCUCCUCGAGUGUUGUUUGCAUACCGAGCAGUUUUCCUGUGUCGCUAAUAUUUGUAUAGAUGCGUCAUGACAGAAGAAUUGGCUUCAAAUACAGUUUGAUUGCAGUAAUACCCUUGACGCCACAGUGUUCCAUGUGUGCUUGAUCUUGUUGCUGUCUUGUCAGGACCUUUUCGAGACACUAGUUCGGUGCUGGGAGCCGCCCCCGAAC